UUGCGUUUUGAUAAUAUUUUCCAUGUCUAAUUUUAGAGUCUGUGUAAUUGUUUAAAUAUUGAUUUUUUUAUUGGACUCGAGCAUGUGUGAGUCUGCCGGGGCAGCUUGAAUGUUUAUAACAUUACUUGGGGCCUGUGAUAUCCUAUUUUGGGAUCGGGCAAAUGUUGCUUGUAUCUUGGUACUUAUGGUCGUGGCCGCGAAGGAAACACUACAUAAAUCUUUGAUUUAACGCCGUAUUAGUGUACCAGGAUUUCAGUGAGUGUGCUGGUGAAAAGACCUCAUCGCGACCAGUAUUAACUUAUACAGUCUAGUCUAAAUAGUUUCUAAACCAUUGUACUUAAACAUAAAAAUUAUAUCUGUGAUAUUUUACAUUGGACCGGGCCAAAUAUAUUAAUAUGUUAUUUCAUUGAGCUGAUCCAAGAUGGCGCUACCACCUCAACAGUUCUGUGUUCGAUGGAACUCUUACCAUACAAACCUUCAGGCCGUGUUCCCGCGACUGCUGCUGAGCCAGCAGUUCGCGGACGUGACGCUGGCGUGCGAGUCGCGCCAGCUGCGCUGCCACAAGCUGGUGCUGUCGGCGUGCUCGCCGUACCUCGAGCGGCUGCUGCUGCAGAACCCGUGCCAGCAUCCCAUCGUGCUCAUGAGGGACAUGAGGUUCAGCGAAAUGCAAGCAUUAGUGGACUUUAUGUACAAGGGCGAGGUCAAUGUGACUCAAGAGGAAUUGCCCAGCUUGCUGAAGUCAGCUGAAGCGUUGCAGAUCAGAGGCCUGUGCUCGAGCGACACCUCGCUCGCGUCCGACCCCAAGACUGACGCUAGAGACUUCACGGUCGCCAGCGAGGCUCUGGUUGCGCACGCGCAGAGCGCUAACGGUCAAACCCAACAGACCUCAGUCCAAAAGCCACCGAACACAACGAACGGACCCAAGAAACGCAAGUCCGAGGAACGGAGCGAGGUGAAACAGGAAACCGUUGAGGAAGAUGGCUUGUACUAUGGCGAACUGGAUAAUGACAAUAUGGAGUAUAACGAGGACGAAGAGCCAGGGAAGCCGGGAAGCAGUUUAGGACAGACUUCAGGUCGUCUAAAUUAUAUAAGGGUCAAACCGGAGAGCGAAUUAUUCUUUCAAACGAAACUACAAAAUUUAGCCAAAGCGAAUACGGACUACAUUAACAGACUGACAAAAAUGAACCCAAACGAGAUUAGAAACGAAUUUUCCAAAUACGGUUUCAACACGAACGCAGCCAAUGAAGAAAAAGAAUUAGACGCCAAAGCCGAAAAUGACUAUUACAAAGCGUGGCUCGAACAGAAUGGAGAAUUAGAAGUGUCUCUGCUGAAAGCCAGCCAAAUAAAAAAGAAGAACGAAGUUAAAAACACUAAAUCUGAAGUAGAAUUAAUUCCCAAAGUGAAAGAUGUUGCCAGCAAGGAAAUUUUCCCCAAAGUCGUGGAGAAAUCGCAGGUUAGGAGACGCGGGCGGCCGCCGAUAUUCAAAGAUAAAAAUGUGGAUAUUGGCGAGACUGUUUUGAAGUCUGAUCUGGAUCAGUUUUUGGAGGGAAAAGAAGUGAGCUCCUCAGGGCUGUCGCGGAAGGACUUGGAAAGGGUCAUGAUGGGGAAGUUUAAUCCUAACAGGAGAUAUUCGAAUGAAGCGAUGUGGGCAGCCCUGAUGGACGUCAAGAAGGGCGGCAGUAUAUACAGGGCGGCGCAAACACACAAGGUGCCGAGAAAGUCGCUGCGCAACUGGAUGAAGCGGUGUCACAUAAAAUCGUCUUUCCCGAUGCCCCAACAACUGAAACAAUUUGUCGAAAACAGCAAAAAACAAAAAGAAUACAAAACGUAUGACUACCAAAACGUGCCGACGGACGGACAGACGUACGAACGAAAUGAAACUGACGUCGCGUACGACAAUGAAAUAGAUUUUGGAAAACAUUUUUUGAGUUUCACAAAUUCGGUGUCGAGCGAGGACGAGAUGGUGCUAGACAAAAACGGGGAGAACUCGCAGGGCGGGGAGAAUUUGAGCGGGGAAAAUAAAACAGGGGAGAAUUUACCCCAAUGCGGAGAGGGCGCUGCGAUAGACAUGUCUGUACACGAAUAAUACUUUGGCGAAAUUAAACACUACAUGUUGGAAAUGUCUUCUAUAUUUAAUUUUCUAGUAAGCAAUAAUUUCUCAAUCGUGACGUGACUUUAUAUUUGUGUUUAUUACAGAAUUUGUGAUGCAAGAGAUUGACAUCGAUGAUUUAGCUUCAUAUAUAUGCACUUAAAAUAUAUAAUGAAAUUAUAUUCAUUAUAUUGAAUUAAAAGAAGCCCAUUAUAAAAAAAUAUUUUUAAGAAAUCACGUGGUAAAAAAUUAACCAUUCAAUAAGACGGAACGUUCCUUUUUUGUUCCUAAUAGUAGUUAAAUGAAAAGAAAAGUAUAAUAAUUGUAAAAAUGAGUUACAGAAAUUUUCACUUUAAAAAUAUUUUUUUUAAUAGUAAAAGAGUGACAUUUCCAACAAAAAUUGAAAAACAUAACAAGGUCGUAAUAUAUUUCAUUUCUAAAUCAAGAGUUAGUGUUGCCAGUAAAAGGUAUACGAUAAUUGAACUGCCAAAGAUAAUGCAAAGAUUAGUGUCGAAUUGUUCAUAAAAAUAUAGUUCGUUAAAAAAAAGGAGUUUUCCUAAAAUCACCACCAUUAUUGUUAACAUUGUUAUCAAUUCAUUUCAAUACACUAUGUAAUAUAUACAUAUACAUGUGUAUAUGUAUAUAAUAUAAAAAUAAGCAAAUGUGUAUUUGUGAUUUAUCUAAAUUGCUUUAAAAUCGCGUGUCGCUGUCGUUUUUUUGUUAUGUUGAGUCCUUAAAUUUGAAUAUAUGGUAACAAUUUUGACGGUGAUACAAAAUGGAAUAAUAUCUACACGAUGUCCAAAGAACUUAUUUAUUUUAUCAAAAAAUUCAGUUAUUUUAAUUUUCAAUUGUUCUAAAUUAUUGAAUAAUUUUACUGCAGAUUUUUAUUGGACUGAUAAAUACGAUAAAUAUAAUAUUCGUUUACGGAUUGAAGUUAACAAAUCGGUUACUUCCUAUUAUUUUCACGCAAUAUUAAAUCCAAAGAAAAAAAAAAGAUUUUUUUUUAGCAUAUUAUAUCAUAAAUAAUAAUGUUUCGCUUGUGUAAUAACUUAUUUAAAAUAUAUUACAUAAUUUAAAAUUAUAAUAAAAAAUACGCGUCAACAGUUUUUUGUUCAAUAUAUUGUAUUUAAAAUAUUACGCAAGCAAAACAUUUCUGUAUCAAUUAUUUAUUAUUAGUUCAUGUUAUAUUUGUAAUCUAGAAUUUAUAUUUUAGCGUAAGUAAAUUAAUGUUUAUUAUAUUUGAAAUAAAUAAGUGUAAUAUUUGGCCUUCAGGAAACGAGUGCUUGAUCGGACUUCGUCCAUAAAAGAAAAGACUUAAAAAAAUGAAAUUUUAGCUCUUAUAAAUUAUAUAAAAAUUAAGAUAUUACAUAACAGCAGUGGAAAAAAAAUCGCGUCUUUUGACAUUUUCAAUUAUUAUAAAAUUCCUUUGUAAAAAAACCUAUUUAAAAAUAAAAAUUUUGAUUACUGCUGUAAUGUUAGCUGAAUUUACAUAGGGACGUCAAUAUUAAUCUUAUUUGAAUCGCAUCGAAUGAUCUUAUCGGCCUAUUACUUAAAACCGAUCAAUAUACAAAAAAAUCAUAUAUAUAUACAAAAAGGUGCGUCAAUUUAUUUGUUGCUUGAAAAGUAUUCGUUUUGUAUUAAGUUUUAAUUAAAAUUAAAGUAUAAAUUAAAAAUGUUUUUUGCUAUACAAAUGUUACAGUUUAGUUUCGAAUUUAGCAAUCGUUUUUACUUUUAAGAAACAACAGCUCAUUAAAUGACGUAGUGGCUUAUUCACUUGCAUCAAAGAAAUACGACACGAAAAAAUGGCUAGAGAAUAAUGACCAAUAUAUAGAUAUACGAAAAUAUAAUUCCUAAAUAAUUAAUUUUUUAUUGAUUGAUUUUUUUCUAACAUCAAUCAUUUCACAACUUUUUUGAUGCAAGUGUACGCUCAAUAAGCGAAUUGGCUCCCUUUUUGUUUAAUUUAAAUGCCUACAUCAGGCUAAUGACAGCUAACAAAAUAACCAAAAACUAAUUGUAAGCAUAUUUAUGCCCCGAAAAGUAAAAAAUCCGAUACGGAAUGAGUUAGUCAAUAAAAACUUAAUUUUACAAAGGCCUUAGCAAUUAUGUUCCUUCGUUUGUAUGAUGUAAGAAAGUGAUGCCUUGCUUUCAUGUUUUAUCUCACUUUACAGUCGUGUUGCGUAUCGUUUUUGGGGGUUCGCUUGUAAAAUUUUAAUUGUUUCUGCUUAGCUGGCUGAGUAGAUGAAAUUGUAACUAGUAAAUUAAUUGAUGAUGUAUUGUUAAAAUUAACCAGACAUCUUUAAAAAAAAAAUAGGCAAUAAUAUUUUACAAGCAAACUCUCAAACAAAAUGAAAUUAUAUAAUAUAUCCAACGCGAGUGUUGUCCAUAAAGUGCCUAUUAGUAUAUAAUUAUACAUACUUUUUAGUAUAAGUCGCUGUAAGUUAGGAUACUAUAUGUACUCCAGUAUUAUGUUAUAUUUCAUGUACUUAAUGUAUGUAUUUCAACGUAUUUGCGGUGGACAGAUUGACUAAAUGUCGCUUGUUAAGUAGCCUGGCGACCCAAUCACAUGUUACUUACUGCUUUUUUUAAAUAAUAACAUUCUUACCUCCGAUUGUACUUAUUUUCCUAUAUUUAGUUUUUUU